GCAAGAAAAGGCGAAUUUCUAAGGACUGUACGCGUUCACAGGGGCCGGCGCGGCUCCGCACGGAAGGAAGUAGUCUUGCGACAAGUGAGAGGAGAGCGCAGUUAGUGGACGAUGCGUGAGGUGUAUGUGCGUUGUGGAAAGAGAAAAGCGUAGGGUUCUGGGUGAGAAACUCGCGCUGUCUUGGCUGUUAGGCACAGUCCGACGAGGAGCCUUCGAGGCCACCGCCCCAGACUGGUUUUCUCGUAGCCUUGUCGUACACGAAGUUCGUCAGAGUCGCCGCCGCUCCCGUUCCUUUCUUUCUCGGCCAGCUGCAGGGCGGACGAGACUUCUUCGAGCUCUCUGCAUUCUCUCGUACAUACAUCUGCUCGGCAUCCACCUGCCCAGACCCUUUCCCCGGGACGGGAAAGUGUACGAGAAGCAUCAAGCCGUGCGCGACUCCUUUUCAACACGGGGGUUUCUGUUCUUUCCGUGACUACCAGUUAAACUGAGAAAGUGCCUCUAUUUCGGAUCUGUGUUAUUCUCCGCGCAUCGAUCCUUUGCUGUCUUCUCUUUCAAGCGCCUCAAAAUAGAACUCGAGCCUUCGCUGUCCACGGCAUUCCACGGACUCAGAACGCGUCCUGGAAGCGCGGCGUUCCCGUCUCAUUUUCUUGUCCCUUCUUUCGCUCCACGUUUUUCUCGGUUGCAGAGGUGUUUGUACAACCCGUGAAGCCGCCCUGCCGCCGAGCACUCGCGCCCAAAGGUUCCUCCACGGAUCUUCGCUUUCUUUGCGUCCUCAACGUCGUAUGGUGCUUUUUCUUUUCUCUUGUCAACGGCAUUCCCAAUCGCGGAAUACGCUGGGUGUCUUUUGCCAUUCCAUGCGCCCCAGCCCGGGACCCGUGUGCCCCACUAGGUGUACAGACACCCCGGAGCAGAAGCACGCUUCACAGACAGCUCCGAAGGGCAGCGAUCGGACACCAACCAGUCAGACCUUUACUUUCUCUCCUCUUUUUUGACAACUUGGAGCUGUCGCUCUUCUCACCGUUUCUCACGUAUGUGCAACAGGUAGCACAAAACCCCCUCCACUACGCACGAGUAGAGCUCUUGUUUUCGUACGCGUCUGUCGCGCUUUGUCUGUACACGACGCCCUCCAAGCACAAAGGGAGCCGCUUUUUGCUUUUUUCCCCUUUCAGGCGAAGCGAAAACUCAGUCGCCUCUGGUUCCUUUUCUUCUCUCUCCAUGCGAGUCUCCUCUCCCAGUAUGUGUGACACACUCUUGCACGGUCACGAGUCGAUGUUUUGACGAUCCAGUUCAGACAUAUAUAUAUGUAUGUGUAUAUAUAUAUAUAUAUAUAUGCUUUUACGUGGAGAGGUACUGACGUUCUACAUGUGGACUUUCUCUUAGCGUUCGAGGAACGCAUGCAAAAUGCGCGGCACAGAGAACCCGUGCGCUUUGUCGGUACACCGUAGAUUCUUGUGACGAAUCGACAGUCAAUUCUUGUUUCCGGAGGAAGAAGGCAUGCGCGCUUUCUUUCCAGAUGCUGUGACAUGAGGGGAGCGACUUGUCAGGCUGGAAGAGGUCAGGAGAGAAAGUGAAAGCAAGUUCCGCGACAGUGGUCUUCUUUGUAGGUAAUGGCCCGGUAUGAGGCGGUAGGAAACAUGGGGGAACCGGCCCCCGAGAGUCGUUUCUCUCUAGUCUCCCCGCGAGAAACUGUCGAAGAAGCGAUGUCUCCGUUUCGCCACUCUUCUCUGUCUCCGCUGGGCCAGGCGGCCUCCCCGUUUCUGUCGCCCAUUCCCUCUCUUUCUUCGUCGCCCUCGUCUUCUCCCUUUCGAUUGUGGGCACAAGCUGGCGAGUACGACGAGCACUGUCGUCGCGCCUCUCCAGGUCCGAACUCUGCGCCUGCUUCUCAGUCGCCUCGUGCGUCUCAGCGAGGGCCGUUGAACCCUCGAAGAAGCCGAGGAGAGCCUCGCUUUGGAUGCUCAGCUCCGACCGGCCCCCCCGCGACCGACCUCCUCCAGGCGAAGGCCUUUUUUCCGCGUCGGCCGCGAGAGUCCCAGACUUCAGCCGACGCACGCGCCUCCGUUCGGCAGCCACGAAACUCCUUCUCGUUUCCUCCCGUGGUUCCCGAGUCCCCGUUCUGCAAGGUCGGCGCCUCCUCCCUCUCGCUGCUCUCGAAGAAGCCCCCCGCGCAAACGCCUUUCCGCGUCCCCUCCGCACUCGCUGCCUCGCCCGUGUCGGAUGCACAUGUUCCCGUAGGCGAGGCGACGCAUCCGUCCGCGUCGGCCGGUGCCCGAGCGGCGCCCUCGGCGUCUCCGCUUCGUGCGCCUUUCUCAGUGUCUCCGUCGCGGUUCAACGGUCUCCACGGAACUCCCGGGAGAGGCCCGCUGUUGCUGAGUGAGUUGGACACCCCCUUCCACUUGGUCCGGAUGAACAAGGGGACCACGUUUCUCGCAGGAAGGCAUGCAAAGACUGUCUUCCAGCCGUCGCCGAGUCCUGGCACCGGGGGUCCCUCGGCCACCGAGGCAUCGCGAGAAUCGCUGGAGGCGCCUGCGCAGAGGCCUCCGACGUCUGUGUCGGGUGGAGGCGAGGAACUCAAGCGAGAGCAAGGAGGUCCCCCCGGGGCUGCGGUGGGGACUUUGGAGGCGGGGGUGAGGCUGGAGAACUUUGAGGGAGAUGGAGGAAGAGAUGCGAGGGCUGGAAGGGACGGGAGGCGAGACGAGGAUGCGAGACAGCCAAGUCGCUUCGGACUGCGAGCGUCGCGUACAGCAGACUCAAGAGAGACUGAGAGGGAGAAGAGGACCGAGGCUGGUGAAUCUUUUGUCGGGUUCUACACAUCAGCAGAGAAACAAGAAGUUCGGCUGACUGAAGAAAGAAGGCAGAAAGAUCCAUGCGAGGGUUUCCAGGACUCCUUCUCCCGAUUUUCACCUCAUAGCGGAGCUCCACCUCUGGACCAGAGCAGAUUUCCGCGGCACUUUGAGUCGAGGGGCGACGGUCCCUUCUCUGCCUCUCCCGUCCAGACAGAAGCCCCGCGGGGCUUGGCAGGAACCGCCGCGUCGAGGGCGAACGGAGACAGCGGGCAAGAGACGGCUGCAGAAACGGAGUCGAGCAGUCCAGGCAAUGCAAUUCUGUUUUCGGUGCCGUCGCCGACGACGGCGGCAGCCGCGGAAAUCCUCCGUUCUCGUCAACUCCUGCAAAAAGCCGAACGCAUGCUUCGUGCGGCGACCGUCGUGGCUCCCAGAGAGAAGCCCGAGGAAGGUAGACGAAGCUUCAGCGAACCGCGACCGCAGAGUUCUGUCUCGGGGCUGCCGAGGCCGAGCGACGAGGAAAAUGUCAUCUACGCGCCGGCGGGCGCCCACGCCUGGAGUGUCAGUCCACCAGCGGCCGGACACUCGCCUCAGAGCGCCGCUCCCGCGGCAGAGGCGACUAACGCGGCCCUGUCUCGGGGUGUACUUACACCUAACGGGAGCAGCCGCGCGGACCCUGCGGCGACUGCUCCCCCGUCUGGACAAACGAGAGAAGACCUCUCCGCCUGUGCGCGGCGCGAGGCCGAGCCGCGCCGCGAAAGGAGACAAGAGGAAGCACAGGCGAGCUCAGGCUACUGCGUCGCCGAUCGGGACGCUCCGUUUUCUCGCAUGAAUGCGUCGGAGGAAUCGCUGACACUGUUGGAGACGCAGGAAGGGUCUGGAGGCAAUCCGCUUCUCGGAAGCUGGCUCCUCUCCCACGCAGAGAUUGCCAGAGAAAGACAUACAGGCAAAGAAGAAGGGAAGACGGCAGGGGCGGGCCAGUCCGCCGGCGUCCAGGAAGAACCCAAGAGCGAUGGGGCCCCCAAACAACAGCCAAGCAGAUGCACAACUGCCGGAUCAGAGCCUCUGUCGUCUUCGUCGUCUGGAAUCGUCUCGGCUGUCCCGCCAGGGUGCGUAAGAAGCUCGCCGCAGAGACAGCGGAGCCGGCUCGGGAUCAGGCCUCGUGCGGCGCAUACGAGAGAUUUCGACGGCGCGCUGUUUUAUUCGUCUCUCCCUCAAAUGGGCCUCGAGGUGGGUUUCUCGCACGACGCGCAGGCGCCUGCCGAGCGGAGAGGUUUUUCCGGGACCCGCACGCAGUCGGCCUUCUUUCUGUCUGUCGACUCGCGCGUCGCAGAGGCGAAAAGCCAGUCCACGGCAGCCCCAUCUGGGGAUCUGCCGGGGCUGGGCAGCUCCGCUUGGCUCCCCACCGAAGCGGCGCACAGGCUGCAGUGUUCAGACACCCCAGAAGCCGGCAUGCCCGCGAUCGCGCUGCCACCGGCGCGAUCGCGGGAAGGGAGGGAGCGGCCAGACGGGGCGCAUGCUUUUUUGCGAGCAACCGAGGCAGAGCGAGCAGAGGAGGGCGCGUCGAGACACAGCGAAGCAGCCGUUUCCCAGGAGGCGCCGUCGGUUUCAGGAGCCUCCGCGGGCCUUGCGUGCAGCAGGGCAGGGCAUCGCGAAGAAGAGGGUGAGGCCGGCGCCGGCGCACGGUGGGGGGAGAGAAGCCAAGCUGGGGAACGAACAGAGGCGUACGGAGAGAUCGGUCAAAGGCAUCCCGACGGAGAGGUUUCAAGGGCCGAGGUUGAGCAACACACCACGUCGCACUCGUCCUCGCGUUCGGGCUCCUUCUCGGCUCACUCUCAGCAGGUUCUGGGGCUGCAUGCGAGCUCGCCUGUCUUCCGGCACUCGCCUUUUCCACUGUCGCCUCGAGAGACUGGAGACCGUGGGGAACACCCCCUCGCACGAACUGCGGAUUUUGGGGUUCCCGCGACGGACACCGAGAACACCUCGCCCCUCUCGUUCCGGUCCGCGUCUUCAAAAAGCAUUUCGUCCUCGCCCUCGUCGCUCUACCACCGCGGCCUCGCCGCGCGCGAGCACUUCUCCUUCUCCUUCUUCUCUCCCUUUCGAGAGCGCAGCCGGAAAGGCGAGGCUGGUGCCCACUCUGGCGGGACAUCCCCGGCGACGGGGUCCACGUCUCCACACCUGGAGUCCGACGCCGAUGGACGGGGAGUACAGACACCCGAGGGGGUGGGUGAGCGUGAAACCGCCGGGCAGCGAGACUCCCGUCUUCGGGACCAACCCGCAGACCAUUCGGACUUUGCGGCUUCGGGUCAAGAGCUCCAGGACACACGGGCCUUCGGAGGCUACUCGGUGCCCCCUGCUUCCCUGCACCCCGGCGCGCAGCUUGCGCGAGAGACAGGAACAUCGCCGUCUGUCUCAGAGUUUCCUCGACACGCCUGCCACAACCACGAAGGGUACAGGGACAGCGAAGCCGGCAGAGGUACUGCGGUUUUCCCCGUGUCUCCUCUCCCAGGCAGUGCACCCCACAGAUCGGCCCAGAGAGAGGAGACAGCCACGAAGCAGUACGAGGAGACGCGGGGCGACCCAGAAGACGCGGAGACAGCUGGUGCCUACUUGUCGGGCAGAGGACGUGUCGAGCGGUGGAGGGGGCGAGGACUCGAGGGUGAGAGAGAUAGCGUUCUCACUGAAGAACUACGCGAGUCCACACAUGGGUACCCGAACUUCCGCUCCUCUGGGCUCCCUGCUGCCUCUGCGUCUGCGCGAAGAGCCGCGGGGCCUCUGACUGCUCAGGCGGAAGUCGAAGAAGAGGGGUGGGAAGGUCAGGAAAUGGCAGAGAAAAGAAUCUGGGAGGGGCGAGAGGGGCAGGACGGUCGUCUGCAUGGAGCACGAGGCCGCGAUCCGUGUUCUCCGGCAAGCGCAGAUCCCAGAGAGCGAGAGGUUGGCGGACGCUUCGACACUCUCAGCCCGAGUGCGCGAGCUAUCGGCUUCCCACCCCUCUCUCGGAGUGGUGAGGUGCAUGUACACCCGGGAGGCCGGGGGCCAGCGACCCGCGCCGCGCCGCAUGGCUUCGUGGGACGAGAGGAGCAUCCACACUUCGGCAGACAGACCAGUCUUUUCGAACAGAGCCUGCAAGCGUUCCAGGAAGACUUCCUCGAACCUUCUGAGCACGCAAGUGCAUCUUCGUCUGUGUCUCGUUUCCAGACCGUCUACAGAGAAAGUCAGCGAAGGGACGGUAGGUCUACGGGUGUGGCCAGCGACGGUGGGGAAAGCGCCGGGGCUUCUUGGCGAGGGCCUGCAGAGAGCGCGAGGUUCGGGGCGGAGGCCCGAGUUUCACUCUCCGCUUUCGCCGCCGACGCUCACGGUUGCCUUGAGUCAGACGCCCCAGAAGACGCCUUUGAAGAAGAUGAUCUGUCGCAUAUCCUCCCCAUGGUCCAGUUCGUGAACGCAGAGCUUCUCGCGGCCGGCUUCGAGGUCUUACCUGCACCAUUCCCGCCCUCCACCGCGCCUAGGCAGCGGGGCCCUGACGGAUUCGGUCCAGGAGAAGAAAGACUCUUUCAUGUGAAUGAAAGAGUGCCUCUAGGAGUGGACGGUUCAGACGGAAGACCCAUGCAAGCAGCGACCGACACGCAAUUGACCAGCCCCUCUGCAGGUCGCUUGCGGGGUCCACGACUCACUGCCGACGCUGCGGCGUAUGGACGCCACGCAGAGGGCGAGCACAGAGUCGGACAGGGAAGAGGACGCGGAGCCGAGGACGCUGAAGCGGGCGCGACCGUGGAAAGGGAGACGGCGGUGCAGCGCCUGGCAUUGGAGGAAAAUGGCGGAGGCGCAGAGGAGCAGAGAGGGGCGCGAGAGAUCGACAGCCAAGCACGCGCUGCCCUUCUGUAUGACACCGCGUUGACCGUGCCCAAGAAUGCAACUGACGAGGCGUACAUACAGUCUGAGGUGUACGUACACCGCGUCCUCGAAGCCAUGACAGACAAGCUGCAUGAGGUUUUGGCGGCGUACCGGACGCGAGGCGAGCGCAUGGGGGAGCUCCGCAGAGAGGCCUCGACAGCCGCGGGUCUCGUCGCCAAGUGUAACGGCUUGCAGGAAGAGAAAGAAGAGGCAGCGAAGCAGAUCUCGUUGCUUCGGAAUCGCGUGAGCGAGUUGGAACGCGAGAAGGCGGAGCUCUCGGUCGCUGCGGAGGGGCAUGCAGGCCUUCUGGCGCGUCUGCAGGAAGCUGAGAAGACAGCCCAGACUCUGCGGGGUCAGGCGCGGUUGCAGCGCACCCAGCUGCGGCAGAAAGAAAUCGAAAAGGAGCGUCUGGCCGAGAGGCUGGAGACAGUUCUGCGCGAGGAGCAGAACCGCGAAGCCCGCGCCCGCCGCGCCCUGGAGAACCUGGUGUCUCCCGCGUCUUUCGCGUUAACGCCUCGCGGCGAGAGAGGCGAGAAGCGCGACGGCUUCGCGCGACGAGUGGACCGUGGGAUGGCGUUGACGGGGAAGAACGCGAACAAGGUGCUCGUGGAGGUGGCGCGACACUACGAAGGCAAAGUGAAGGCUCUGCAGCGAGAAGUCGCGUCGCUCGCCCAUGCCCUGGAGGUGUCUGUACACCCCAGGGACUCGGGAGACACCGGCGGGAACGAAAGGCGGCGGUGCGGCGGGCCUCUUUUUUUCGAUGAGGAGGAAACGGCAGUCUGCAUGCACUUCACAACUGUCGGCACACACCCUGAGACGUGGAGAGAGCAGAAGAAGCGGCAGGCUUCUUGGAGUCGCAGGGGGUUCGAGAAACUGCGCAUCUCUGGCUCUGUACCCUCGCUCCUGAAAGCCGACCACGGGGUCGCUUCGGCUGUCUGGACUGCCGAGUUCACACAGAAAGAACAAGGAAAAGAAGAACAUGAAAUGGGAAGAGGGUCUGCAGCAGAUUCUGAAAGAACAGGCGUUGACGCAGUUGCCCUCGCCUCUCAGAGACGAUCGCGGAGUGUCGCGGCGUCGACUUCCAGAGAGACAGAAACGAGUGAGUUUGGGGGACGAACGCGUUUCUCUCUGUCGUGCUGCUCCGAGGGAAGAGGCACGCGCAGGCAACAGAGAAGCAGAUUCGACGAGCGACUCUGUCAGACUAACGCAUUCAUGGAAGCAGAUCUGCAAGAUAUCAGCCGCAUUCUCGAACACUUCAAAAACGAAAAACUACGCCUUGAAACUCGAUUGUCUCGAUCGCGCUGCGCGGAGGAAGAAACGCAGCAGCGGCUUCGCGGGCGAAUUGUGGAGCUCGAGAACCGCGUAGAAGAACUGGAAGCAGAUCUCCGCACGCGGCCUACCCUCGAUGCUCACCGCCUUCUGCAGCAGCAACUCCUCGACCUUCAAGAUGAGUUGAAUCCGAAGAAGCAGGAGAGCUGGAGGCACGCAGAUCCGCGGAGCCUCAUGCGCCAAGAUCGCCUGCAGCGCACACUCCGUUCCUCCACAGUGGGGUUGAGAAACGAAGACCAUGCCGCUCUUCUUCAGACUUGCUGUCUCGCCGCAAAUUGCUCCCACCCAGAGAAGCUUCCCGCAGUGAUCCAGCGCCUUAUAGCGACGUCUCACAAACUGCCUCCUCUGGAGUGUUUCUUCGAGUUUGUCGCUCUUCUCGCCGUUGGGAGGCUGCCGACUCCUUCAGAGGCAGACGUCAUUCUCUCCAGUCUCGUCGCGAUGAGCGUGGCUCGACAUGCGCACAGGAACUACACGCAGUUGCGGCGGGCCUUUGCGCAGGCUGUCGAGCGAGAUUCGACGAAGCCAGCGCGAUCCUCUUGGUCCUUCGCCCCUCUCGACGAAGAACUUGAGGACUUGCAGGCCAGACACAGCCAACAGAUUCAGCGUCUCCAGCAGACGCAACUCGCCGUCUCCUCGUCCGGGGUGUAUGGAAACGACGAACGCGAGCAAAGAGUGAAAGCAACCCUCUCGCUUCUUCGCACACAGCACCGCGACGCGGUCGCGCUGUUCCAGAAAGCCGCUCAGGAGGAGACACAGGCCCUCUGGUGUCUCCUCCCCCCGCGCCCCGCUGUGGGGCGCGGGGGGGUGAGUGCUGCGGGAGAGAUCGGAGACAGCGACGGAGACGAAACGACAAGUCGAGAGGAGAAAGAACUGGUGCGCGUGCUGCAGAAGCGCCUUGUCUUUGCUUCCGCCGAAGAAUGCGCUGACAAAGUACAGGCCGCUCUAGGACGGGUGGAUGCCCUCGCGGGUUUCUUCCGGAUUCUUUGCGAGAUGCUACAAAUUCCAACCUCUGGAGCCACGUUUGCCCAAGUUGAGGCGGCUGUCUCGAAUCUCGUCAAAGAGAAUCAGCAGCAGCAUGCGUUGCUCGAAGAGCAGCAGAAGCAUCUCCUGCGACAGCAAAGUCUUCUGCUGUCUCUACACCAUUCGGCCUCCUCGCCGCUGCCGACGAUCCGAGAGUCGAAGGGGGAAGACGAGGAGGAAGAGCGAGAGAGCAGCCCGCAGACAGGAAUUCUCCUCAGACACGAAAUAGCGCAGCACAGUCGAGACAAUGCAGGAGCUAAUUCGGUAGAACGACAUGGAGGCGACCCUCGUGAUGUGUGCCCAGACGCUGAGGCAAAUGAAGCAGAGAGGAGCAAACGAGAGGGAGAACAAGAGAAAACGGAGAGAGAUGCUCAUGCAGCAGCUGCGGUUGCAACAGUCAACGCGCUCCAGCAGCUCCUCAAGGUCGACCGAGUGACUCUUAUUCUUCCCAAGCUCAGCGAGAUCUUGGGGAGAGUGCAGCGCCUGACGAAUGCCCCGGCUGUCUCACCGGAGCUGUCGGCGGCCUACUCGGCGUCUCCACGACAGGGACCGAACGAAGAAGACGAAUAAGGAAAAGGAAGGAGAGACGGAGCAAAGAGGCACUGAAUGAAGACCGAAACAGGAGGGACAAGUCAAAGAGGCUUUACAUGAAGGCGAAAGAAGGAAUAAACGCGUCCGAAAACGCAUACAGAACCGAACACGCGUAACCAGGCAGAAACAGCAGUGCAGGAGAUAUCCUAGAGAGAUUACACACAGCUGCGGAACAGAGGGGGAAGAUGAUUACGAAAGGGGGAGGAACGAACGCGAGCAAGAUUAUUUGGAAUGAGCGCGACCUUCGAUCCUCCGGGGUUUGAAAAGGAUAAAUUACAAUGACAAUAACUGGAUACUCGAGAGCUCUGAAGGAAGCAGCGAAGUCGAUGAACAGGCUAGGAGCUUGGGAAUGUGCAGAAUCAUUGUGCCGGAGAAGUUCGAUACACGGACAGAAAGGAAUAACUAAAGGAAAAGGUAAACGACAAUUUGUCAAACUGUGUCUCCAGGUUUUCAUCCCUACUUGUAGAUGUACACUUUUCAGGAUACGUGUAUAGGUGCAUUGUUUAAACUUGUUCUUCUGAAACGCAUAAAGACACAGAUACAUAUAUAGAAUGGUAGUAGGCAGUUCCGUGGAGGGCGUGAGAGUACAAAGGAGUGAUGGUGAACAGUGUCGAGGAUGGCACCUGAUUUUUUAUGAACACAAGCGUUGCUUGUGGCGAAGUUUCAGUGAAAACAUUGCAGGAAAAAAGAAAGGAAUGGGCAGUGAGGGUAGGCGGCAUCGUUUCUUCGGAUCCCGGUCUGCUAGAGACAGGAGACGCUUCCUGAAUUUGAGGGGCCGUAACAAUGUGUGCAGUUGAAGGGAAUUUCGACAUUUUUGAAUGGCUGACCUUUGAUUUUGUGUGAUAUCGUCCCACACAGUGCAUCGCAAAUCGAUUUUUACACACCACGACAAAGGUGCUUCUACACGAGCACCAGGCAAUACUAGGAGGACUUGUUAGUCGUCGGCUGACA